UCUUUGCUGAUAGCUAAUUUUCUUAUUCUAGAAGUAAAAGUGGUGGAUUCGCUGCCUGAGGAGCCUGAAAAUAAUGAGAAAAAGAAAAAGAAGUCAAUUUCUGAACCAGAAUCGCUGCCUAGUGCAACUGAAGAACAAUUUAAAGAAUCUUCUAUGGAGGACAAAGAAGUCACUUAUUCUAGAAAAGAGAAGAAAACCAAGGACAAGAAAAAGAAUAAGCUGUCAACUUCUGGUUCUCUUCCUAAUGACAAUGAUUCCCAUACUGUAAACUCUACUGUGUUGUGUGCUCAUGACACUGUGAAAGAGAAAAGUUCCAAAUCUAAAACUAAGAAGAAAAAGAAGGAUGAUUUGGCUUUGGAAGGUCCGGGUGUGAAUUCAAAGGAUGAAAAUGUACUUGUUUUAAAAGGGGACGAUGUUAAGAUCUCUAGCACAGAUGCUACUUGCAAGGAUGAUAAAGGUUCUAAGAAAAGAAAAAGAUUGGUUUCUGAAGAUAAUGAUUUGAAGCCAGCAGAUAAAAUAGAUGCUGACGAAUCUAAACGCAGAAAGAUUGAGGAUGUGGAGAACUUUAAAGGGAACAAGGAGCUUAAUGGGCAUGAAAAUGGGAACAUAGAUAAAAGUGCUGAGAAGCCUUCCUUGCAGAAAACCAAAAAGAAACAACUUAAUGGCUCAGCUGAGCCAAAGACUGUUAAUGCAUUUCAAAGAGUAAAAGUAGAGGAAGUGGUAUUUACUGAUGAGGGGCUUAAGGAUAACUCUUACUGGGCAAAGGAUGGUGCAGAUAGUGGUUAUGGUGCUAAGGCGCAAGAAGUUCUUGGGCAAGUUAGGGGGAGGUAAGUUCUAUUAUUUGGCAAUUGUGGGCCUUGAUUUCCUUUUCUCAUUUAAAUAUAGAGAUAUA